AUGGCCCUCGAUCUGCGGAAGUCCAUCACCAGUGCUCGACUCGCCGACGCAUCUUCCCUCGAACCUUCCGACCGAGCGUUUUCCCUCUCUCGCCUCCUCUCGCCACGAAGCGGCAAUCCCCGCUCCUCCUCAUUUUCGCGCGGAAACGACAAAAACGACGUCAAAUCGAAUGUCUCUGCAUUUUCGGCCUCCGGGUUAUCCGCAAGUGUCCUAUCUGCAGCCGAACCUGCCGGGCUGCAUUCCGAAGCAGCACGCACUGGCUCGGGUGCAGCCGCCGUUGGUGGCUGGGAAGCUCCUCAGGCUACAGCUUCGGCAAGGGUAGCGUCGGAAGUCGAAGGUUCGGGACAGCCGAAGCUGUUGCUGGAGGCGCGCUCAGGCCGCAUUGCACACGUCAGCCGGGGGUUGUUGCGCGACCUGGGUUACACCAGCUCUGAAGAUUUUGGCGGGAAAAGCUUGUACGAUCUGGCGGAUGGGCUCUAUGAAGCUGAUUGGUCGAGAGCCGUAGAGGCGGUGACGAAGAACAAUCGCGCUUCGGUGCGAAUUCACUUCAAGCUGCUGAAAAGCGACAGAGCUGGCGAUCUUGUCGGCACGCGCGUCGCUCGCUCGCUGAAUUUCGCAGGCGACGAAGAGAGGACCGUCGCAGGCGAUGGACCGUCGCCAACAUUCCUCCUCGGGGGCUUAAUGCCAGCGCCGCCGCAAUCAUCGACGCCGGCGGCGGGAGCGGCCAGCGGUUUCCGGGCGGGAAGCGAGACGAACAGCGAUUGGUCGAGGGAGAGCGAGUUGCAGCAGCAGGGCUUAAAAGACGGCAUCAGGGGGGCAGGUGCGAGGGGAAGCCGCGCGCAGCAGAACGGAAUGGUUUGCGCGUUUGGCGCGCCUCCCGGCUCUAUCACUCCCCCUCGCGCCCACGCCCGCCCCCCUCUCCCAUCCCGCGGAAACGGUGACGUGGGGAGCAGCUCUGGUCGUACGCGCGCCUCCGGCUACCACUCCGCGCGCAAGCCGCCCGUUCCACGUGUCAGCAGCACAGGGUCGUUGAAAUCAAUGCAACCUCCGAAUUCGUCACGGACCGUCCAGAAUAGCAACUGGCCGCGACGCGAGGAUGGAGAGGAGGAAUUGGAGGAGGAUGACGAGGAGGAAGAGGAGGAGGGGAAUGGGUUGGAGAUAGACGAGGAAGGAUUGGCAUUAGCUUUAAGAGAAGACCCCGACGACGAGGAUGCUCUUAACGAGGAUGCAUACAGUGAAGCAGAAAAUGACGACGACAUGACAUCCCCGAUCGCGCCGCUCGAGGAAAUCGAGAAUGAUUUUGAAGACGACGACGACGAUGAUGAGGACGCGUAUAUCGGGGAUGGCAGGGGCGGGGAGAGCGCGACCGUCGCUCGGCAAAUUUCGGACGUUCGUGAGAGGCUUGCGGCGCGGAGAUCGUGCCACCUGGCGCGCGGAGGGCGGGAGAUGGACGCGGACGCGAUAUCGGACGAGGACGAGGACGAGGAGUCGUGGGAGCGCGUGAAGCAGCGCUGGGCCGCGCAGCAGCAGCGCCUGCAGCGGCGGGAGGAGCAGCAGGUGCAGCAAGCUGUUCAGGCGGCGAGGGAGAGGGAGAAGGAGCGCGAGAGGGAGAGGGCGGCGAGAGGGGGGGAGGAGGGCAAGAAGCGGGCGUUUGCGAAGUGGGUGGGCGGGGUUCGGGGAGGGGACGGGGGAGAAGGAAUGGAAGGUGAGGGAGGGGGAGGGAGGGAGGGAGUGUGGAGGAGUGAGCGGAGCGGUCGGAGCGAUAAGAGCGACAGGAGCGAUAGCCCUGCUAGCAGAUCGCUGCGCAUGAGCCUGAGCAUGGGACGAUCGCAGUCUCCUGCUGCCCCAGCGGCCUCUAGUUAUGGCCAAGGCAAUGAUGAGGGGAAGGUGCGGGAGAGGGAGAAAGAAAGGGAGAAGGAACGAAGAGGCCCGGCCCUAAGCAAGGCGGUGAGCUUCGGGAGAGUGGGCUUUUCGCUUUCGUCCCCUUCAAAGAGAGAACAGAAGGGGUCCAGCAGGCUUGGGAGUGCCGAACCAGAGGGCUGGAGUGAGGAUAGACGGGUGGCUGCUAGUCGUUUUGCUGAGGAGAGUGGGAGGAGCGGAGUGGGGGUACAGCAAGAGAGAGGGAAGGAGGAAAAGGAGCAAGAGGAGGACUUUUUCUGGCUGGGAUCGCCCGUGAGAGAAGACAAGGAGACUAAGGACUUGAAUGCUCCCUCUGUCUCUUGCAUUGACACCAGCACUGGCAGCAGUCUUGACAACAGCAACAGUACCGUCACCAGAAGUAACAGCAUUCGAGGAAAACUGAACCUAUCGCUGUCACCUCUCAACGUAGACGACUCGGAAGCACCAAGCGAGACCAGCCCAGCUUCUCCCGCUACCAUCUCCAGUCCUUCUCAGCCCCUCUCCCGCCCGCCCUCCCGUAUUCCCUCCCUCAUCGCUCGCUCUUCCUCAUCCGACGAUACCCGCAGCCUCUGCAAGCAGCGCUCAGAGCCCAAGCGCGAUCUCAACCGCAUUCCGGCACCGUUCUGCACCGCCCCCGACCCCUGCAGUUUACCCGCCGACUCACAGCCCGGGGGAGGAGAGACGUCCACGCCUGGCCGGCGCCUGUUGAGCGCCCUAAGCCACAAGGGAGUGGUUGGCGCUGCCAAGAAGGCCCUUGAGGCAGUCAGCUCCCCUCGCCGCUCCCACACCUCUCUCUUCGCCUCGGCAUCUGCAGAGUGUGCCCCGGCUCAUGCCGAUGCUGCUGAUGGUGGUACUGGUGCUGCUGGUGGCGGUGGGAGGGGAGGAGGAGGGGGAGCAGAGCCCCUGAUUGGUUCGCCGCGGUUCUUCUCGUCUUCCUCGCGCCCGUCGUCUCUCCGCCCCUCUGCCUCCCAUGACAGCUACACGUCCUCUCCCUCCUCUCGUCUCUCCUCAUCGCCAUCCCGGAGCAUCGUGCCUCGCUCUUCCUCUCUGGAGGUCCCGAGGUUGGCUGGAGUGCCUCGGAGUGUGUCGCAAGAGAGUGGUUUUGGCACCAGCGGCAGUAGCAGGGAAAGUGGUGGCGCCUCACGCCGCCGCAGCCUGCUUGCCCCAUCCUCUUCCAGGGAAGAUGGGGGCAGUUACAGAGAAGGGAGCAGCUUCAGAGGUGGUGGUGGAGGGGAUGUGAGUGGAGGUGUGCAGGGGGGGAAGCAGCAGCUGUCUGGGCUGCAGGCCCCAGGUGUAUCAAGCAGUGUGGGUGGAUGUGCAGUGGAGUGUAGAGCGGUUGGGAUGGAGGGUCGAAGGGAGGAUGCUGGCUCGGCUUUGACACCCAAGGGCCGGUGGGGAGCUUGGGCUGAAGACGAGAAAUCUGGAGACAUGGAUUGGUUUUGGUAG